AUGUCCCUUCCUUUGCCUUCGGGCCCCGGUGUGUAUAUCCCUUUCUGGGGUUGCCCGUUGAGUCUUUUGUCUGACACCGGCUUUCAGUUUUGCUCUAAACUGUCCCAAGCCGUGUAUGCCCGUCUUGCUAUCCGCAAAGUGGCUACUAGCUCGUACCAUCCCAAUGGAAAUGGGUGUGUGGAGCGUGUCAACCACACUAUGGCUCAGAUGUUGGCUAUGGUCGUCAACGAACGACAUGAUGAUUGGGACAUUCAUCUCCCACACGUCGCGUUUGCCUCCAACAAUUCCAUUAGCGCCGCUACCGGUUUAGCGCCCAAUCAAUGAGGUGCAUAUGAAUCGAUUGCCUCGUUUACCGAUGACUAUUCUUGAGCAUCCUUACGUUCGUGGCCACCAAAGCUUGCAUCGUGAUCAACUCGAAUAUUGCGAUCUUGCUGCUGAUCGCCAACGUCGUUCUUACGACUUGGUGCGUGAACAGCAUAGCCUGUCCGUUUCGCAGAUUGAGCGGCGUAAUUCCACCCUACCUACCUAUCGGACGCUUUCCAUAAGCUUCCUUCUUACACUGUUGGUGGAUGGGUUUGGGUGCAUAACUCCGAAUCUACUAUUCGACAAGGCGUUCGUUCAGGCACAGAUGAUAAGGUUCUCAAAGCCAAGUUAUCUCUACUCUGGACUGGCCCCUUCAAAAUCUUGGCUCUGGGCUCAUGUUCUGACAGCCCUGACGGUCGUCCUUUGGCUCCCAAGUUGCUUUACUUGCCGGGCGAAGACUCGAAACCUCGUGUUUCGGUUGUGCGUUGCAAGCUGUGCGCCAAUCCGUAUGACACCGAUGACCUGCCGCGCUUUCUGCCUACUGGUCUUACUCCGUAUGUCGUGAACUCUUAUGCGAACAAAUCUCCUCCCUACCAUGGUACGGAAGACGACGUGUCAACUCCGGUUGAUGUGGAGAACACCUUCAUAAAGGUUGAAACUCCCCAACGUCUGUCGAGGACGAAACCCUCUUUUCCACUAUGGCGUCGACAAGAGAUGUCAGGUGUCUGCUUUUGGUUACAAAAGACACGGGUUCAACACCCGCUGCUCACCUAAUUUUCUUCCGGAUACGGAAAAAGAAAAACGGUGGGUGGGCCAAGAAACGAUGCGCUGUCUAUCGAAGUCGAAACUUCUGGCAAUGCGUGGCGGAAGUGGUGUACCCGCACACACGCACAGAAGAUUCUUGGAAAAAAGAUGGUUCCACUCGCCGCCAGCCGGUCGGGUUCCGGUUACCCCAAGAAGACUUCUCUUGCCUAGCAAACAAGAAGAAGCCUCGAAAAAGGGGGGGGUAAUGUGGAGAACACCUUCA